UCUGGUCCAACAGAUUUCGGUUUAUUCCACCUGUGACCUAAUCUCUGCAUGCCCGAACUGCUGCAACCCAAUUCAUCAAAUUCAGCCACGCCGCCGCCGUGAUACGACGGUGACUCCGACCACCGUACUCAUUUCUCUCUGUCCGGUUCAGGGGCGAGUUCUGGCAUCAAGUGGUUCCAUCCCCUCCCGAUCGCAGUUGCGGGGGAUCGAACCGUGGUUCGAUUCUACCAAAUCCAGCGUCAAUCACCACUGGACUAACUAACGAUUGAUCUGAGGCUUGUUCCUGGCAUCUGACUGGUUGUUUAAGUCCUUAAAAAUGGAAGUGAUGGUGAAAAAGUUUCAGUCAAGAUUCCAAAAAGUUAGGGAAGAAAUGAAUCUGUGGAAUGAUCUUCAAUCUCGCUUAAUUUCACAGUUUACGAAUGCUUCCCAUAUUUUGAAUAGGUUGCAGGUGCUUCAAAAAUCUAGCAAUUAUGGUAUUCUGAAUUGUGUUGCUGGUGUUAAAGAUGCUCUUUUGGAAAAGCAGAUUGGUUCUUUGAAUAGCAUUUUGGUUUCCAUGAAAAGGACUUUGGAAGAGUUCCAUCGUAUUGUCUUAUCUCUUGAGAAGACUAGUCGUGACGGUAAACAACUAGUUAAAGGUGGUUCUUCUCGUCCGACCAUGAAACAACUGCAGCAGCGUGUUGGUGUCAAACCUAGACUUAUUGAUUGCUUGGACGGCCUUUUGUUUCUACAUGAAAUAUACUACUCAGAGUAUUUAUUAAAAACAUCAGUUGUAUCAGCAAUAUCAUCCAUAGCCUUAAUGCCCAGCAGUGCUAGUGAUCUUGGUGCCCUACAGCAACUCUUGGUUGAUCAACCCAAUAUCGUUAUUGAGGAAGUUCAAUUUUUAAUGGAUACAAUAUUUGCUGAAGAUUUGUGUUGAUGUCCUCUAAUGUGGUGCCACCAUGCGCAUAUGAAGAAAAUUUGCAAUUACAUUCUUUGUUUUUUUAGUUCCUACCUAUGUGUUCAUUUCAUUUUUUUUCACUUAUGAACUCGAUUAAAUAUUUUUUUCACAUUUUUAAUUUUUUUUUCUUUACUUAUGUUGUUGAUAUGAGAUAAUUAAUUUUAUUGUAAUUGAUAUUUGAUUCAAUAAUAUUUUUUCAUAAUUAUAUUCAUUAUUAAUAUUAUUUAAGUUCUAUCCAAUUUCUUCUUCUUAUUAUUUAUUAUUAUUUUCGGAGAUGCAUCUCUGAAAAUACCUCUAAACUCAUUUACUACUAUAUGCACAUUUACACACAACUACACUUUUCACUUCCAUACAUCUUUUGUUAGAAAUCCUAAAACCCUAAACCCCAGUUCUCUCAAUUGUUCGUCUGAGUUCGUCAUUCUCCUCACAACGUCAACAAUUUCAACAUCUUCUCAACAACAUCGUCAUGAAUCACCCACAACAAGAAGCUGUUAAGUUCUCACAAGA